GAUACUGUUUCAAGAACCGAGCAUUCAAAUUACAAGACACAGACUCUUUCAGGAUUCGGUAGCAAAGGGUCGUUUUUGGCGCACGGAGCUACCCGUCGGGCGGCACAAACGCCACAGCUGAAAGGUCAGCAGAUCGACGAACCGGAAAGAAGUGCGAUAACGUUAGGCAGUCACCAGAGUUCGCAGGCCUCAUUCGCAGAAUCAAAAGGCCGCGGGGCGGAUGCAGUGGAGGUGCUCAAAAAAAAUGCGCAGUCGAGCAAUAGCCUUCUCGCGAGACGGAGGCGGAUUCGCGUCGAACAACGUGAAAAACAAGUACUAGACCAAUCACCUCCGGCUGCACUCUUGCAGAAAAACUACGGUACAAAAGUGAGUCUGUUGCGCAGAAAUAAGCAGAUAGUGCCAGUAUCUUCUCCCGAGGGACGCGAGGGCGCAGCAGAAGUCAAUCAGGCUUCAAUUGGUGUUGUACUUCCAGCCGAGCAAACAAACACAGUGCAGCUGGACCCCGUGUACGACGUUCCUGAAGUGUACAAAAUCGCGGAUUCCGAUCCCUGCAAGCUUGCGGGGACCGGCGGCGAAUUCGCCGUGGGCUUGCUCGGGUACAGCGAGCACAUGAAGGGCGGCGGGGUGUGGGAGUCCAC